AUGGCUACCACAAGUUUAACCGAGGUCUUUCUACGCUUUCGUACGGCAAAUAUAAGGGAGAAAAAGUUCUUUUCAGAUCCACGUGAAGUGGAGGAAAGUAAAGUGGCCUUAAUUGGGAAAGAUGUAGAAGUCGGUAUUAGGGAUGGCAAAGCUAAAUCAAGUCUACCUCCAUCUUGGGUCGAUGCUGUGGACGAGAUUCAUUAUGAUUUUACUCAAAUCAAACAAAAAAUGAAAGAACUAUCAUCAUUACAUGAUAAGCAAUUAAAUAGACCAGAUUUUAAUGACAAUAUGGAAGAUGAACAUAGUAUUGAAAUUUUAACACAGGAAAUUACGGAGAUGUUUCAUCGAUGCCAACGUAGUAUUAAGAAUAUUGGUAGUCGCAAUCGUUCUGCAUCGUCACAAGAACAGAAAAUUGCGAAGAACGUUAUGGCGUCUCUGGCUGUAACAUUACAAGAAAUGUCAUCAACUUUCCGCAAAGGCCAAUCUAGCUAUUUAAAACGUUUAAAGUCUAGAGAAGAAUUCCUAAGUUCCAGUAUCGGUGGGCCAAUAAAGAAUAAUGUAAACUCAUCGCCAUUUGAUUCUGAUAAUAUUGAACCAGAAGUAUACGAUAGGGGGUUUACGAAAGAUCAGCUGCAAUAUGUCGAAGAUAACACCGCCUUAAUCGAAGAGCGAGAACGAGAAAUUGUCGCUAUUGUUCGAUCCAUUUCAGAACUAAAUGAAAUAUUUAAGGACCUGUCAACACUGAUCGUAGAUCAGGGAACAGUUCUUGAUCGCAUCGAUUAUAACAUUGAGCAUGCAGCAGUACAAGUAGAAGAAGGACUAAAGCAGUUAGAAAAGCUCAUCUUUACCCCUGGUAUUAAGGUUGUUGUAAAGUAUAAGCAUAGCGUCUUGAUUAGCUAA